AAAACCCAUUUUCUAAUUUCAUGACUGAGUGCGCAUCAUUACCGUUACUUAUUUAUACUGGUACAAGCAUAUAGGUUAAACAAACUUUGUCUGGAUAUUGCUUUUAACGGGAUAAAUUUGCAACUUUUCCAAAAUAUAAAUAGGUUUAUUUUAUAUAUGUAUUGUAAAUACUAUUGUAACUUUUCCAUCCAAAGAAUUUGCAAAAUAUAUGACUGGCUUAUUUAUUUAUGUAUGUAAAUAUUUGAAGCAAGUACAAUUCUGAUUCUGUACGUAAAUAUGUUAGAAAUUAGCUUACAGAAAACUUUUAAAUACAUAUAUGCUUACUCUAAUUAAUAGUAAUAAAUACGACACUGAACUUCACUUUAAAAAUUUCCUUGAUCUCUAAUAAUGGCCAAGAUUACAAUUUCUUAUCUAAGAUAAGAGAUGCUUAUCAAUCAAAACAUUUGCUCUACUGAGCUUUUAAUUUUGUACCGGAUGACUGGCCAACGCUCGAGGAACCCCAUUCACAACGUGCAAAAUUGUUUGUAUUGCGUAAUUACAAAGAACUACCUUUUUAUUACGAAGUCACGGUCAAGUAGUGAGCAAAUCAUAACACUGUUUCACUAAAAAAUAUGCACUUUUAAUUCUUAUUUAUAUAAUACUAAAAGAUCAUGCAUAACAUUUUUCACUUUCUAAUCUAAUUAUGCAGUAGUACAAAUUUAAUCUCAAGUGUAGCACAUACAACAAGGAGUUUAAGAAUGUUAAAAAACUUAAAAAAACUCAGAAAUUAUAAAAUUUAAAAUUUUAUAAAGUCAAAAAGUGCCAAAAAUGGAUCAACUCCUCUUAAACCUAAGUUAUGGUCUCGGCUUACAACAAACAAUUGGUUGGUUUCUUCCCAUAUUUUUGGGAACAGUGAACGUUCUUUCGUCCCUGUUAGCAAUUUUCAGAUACGCGGAUAAAAGUGCAGAAUACAACAGACAAAAUAAGGAUCUCAAAGAAUUAGAAGGUCAUGUUUUGUAUGACUUUAUUAUCGUUGGUGGCGGUACUUCCGGUUCUAUCGUAGCAAAUAGGCUGUCACAACACUACAAAGUGCUCCUAUUAGACCGUGGAGGUGAGCCGCACCCUCUCACCGCCGUGCCUGGAUUAGACCUAAAACUUCGCAGCCAUCUUGAAUCAGCUCAAGCUUAUCUCACAGAGCCACAAAAUGAGUCGUGCUUAUCAUUGAUAAACAAACAAAGCCUCUGGUCGCAAGGAACAGGUUUAGGAGGAAGUUCAACAAUAAAUUCUAUGACUUACAUGAGAGGUCAUCCAUACGAUUAUGACAUUUGGGCGUAUUGGACCAAGGACAAGAGAUGGAAUUACGAGUCGGUGCUUGCAUACUUUUUAAAAUCUGAAAAUUAUUGCUUUAAAUGUGACUCAGGGAGAGGAAGGAAUCCGACGCAUCCCGCGUUCCAUGGAAGUGAAGGAGAAUUACACCUUCAAAAACCAGACAAGACAAAUUUGGCAAACAUUUUUAUCCAUGCUAUGGAAUGGGCUGGAAUUCCAAGGGCUGACUUAAAUGCGCCAUUUAUUAGGGGAGUCGAUUUACCAACCUACACCCAACAUUUUGGCAGACGAUUGAGUACCAGAGAUGUAUUUUUAAACCCAAUUAGAAAUCGAGAAAAUCUAAAAAUUGUGAAAUAUGCUCGCGUUUACAAAGUCCUGUUUGAUGGUGAUCGAGCUUACGGGGUUGAAUACGAGCAAUUUGGGAAAGUUAAGCAUGCCGGAGUAACGAAGGAAGUUAUCUUAAGCGCUGGUACAAUUGACACGCCAAAAAUCCUUCUGCUAUCCGGUAUCGGUCCUGAACAACAUUUGAAACAGUUGGAGAUUCCUGUAAUCUACAACUCUCCACAAAUUGGUGAAAAUCUACAAGACCACGUGGGAACUAUUCUCCCAUUUAUAAUCAGCCAACCGGAUUUACAUGAAAACAUAGAUCUCAAAGCCGCACAAGAAUUCAUAGACAAUGGAACUGGUCCAUUAAGUUUCCCUUCGUCUCAUGCAGCGUUUUCAAUAUUGCCAUCAUCACAGGCAGAAUUUGUAGUGUAUCCAGAUAUUCAGAUCACGCUAUCUCCUCCAACAGUCAUCACCCCCAUGACAAUAUCCACCCUCUCUAAAAUCUACAAUAUCAAUGAAAACGUGUUAACUCAAUUUUAUUCGGCUCAUCUAAAACAAGAAAAGUCGACAAACGCCAUUUUCAAUUUGCUCGUCAAUUACGCAAGACCUAGAUCACGAGGAAGUAUUAAAUUAAAAUCAAACAAUUUCCGAGAUGAUCCUAUCAUCGAUCCAAAUUACUUCUCCGUAAAGCAAGACCUCGAAAUAUUAGUUGAAGGGCUAAAAAUUGGUUAUGAAAUUGGUGAAAGUGCUCCAAGUUUUAAAAAAUUAAAGGCACAAUUAAACCCUACUCCGUGGCCAAAGUGUUCCGGGAUUCUGUUCAAAUCUGACGAAUACUUUAAAUGUCUGGCAAAAGAAUUUACGUUAACUUCACAUCAUUUCGUGGGGACGGUUCGCAUGGGCGAUGAACCAAUUAGUCCAUUAGACUCAGAAUUGAGAGUGAGAGGUGUCCACGGCUUAAGAGUUGUGGACGCGUCUGUAAUGCCAUUUAUCACUUCGAUGGACACGAUGGGGGCCGUCAUUAUGAUUGCGGAGCGAGGAAGCGGAUUUAUUUUGGAGCAGUGGGAGGAAAACAGUAAUAACACAAAUUAUGAUAAGCACCAAGGGCAAUUUGGUGGGGUGGUGGAGGAGGAAAUCAUCAACCUUGUGGGAGACGAAGGUAGUGGUGGUGGUGAAGGCGAAGCAGCAAAAGGAAAUAUUAACCACAUCGUUACACAUAAUUACUAUCAUGUAGUCAAAAAAAGGAACAUUACUGACUCGUAGUGGUUGUAAAGAGUAUUUUUGAAGUGUAUUCACAAGUCGAAUAAAUUAAUAUCGAGUUCAAAGUA